AUGACCGUUACCGCAGAGACGACCGCCGUGGCGAUGAUCGUCGAGACAGACGAGGAGACGAUCGCUACUACAGACGCCGCUCUCCAGAGCCCAGACCUCAUUCCAUCCCGUGGAGGUCGUGAUCGCCGCUUUGAAGAACGCCCGCUCCGUGACCGCUCGCGCGACAGGAAACGAUCCAGAGAAAGAUCUCCCGUGAGAGACCGUAGAGACCGCAGUAGAGAUAGACCUCGUGAUUCGCGCAACUACCGUGACGACUCGCGCGACAGAAAGCGUCCCAGGCGCUCCGACUCAAUUGAAUCCAGAAGCCGAACUGCACGCGACGACACCAGAGCCUCCGCUUCUACCCUCAAACCUGAUACACCGGCCUCCUCCCAUGUCGUUGACAAGGCUGCAGAAGAGGAACGAAAGAAGCUCGAACGUCAGGCAAAGGUCGAGGCCUGGAAGAAGAAGCAGGAAGAGAAGAAGAAGCUGCCACAAUCCCCCGCUACCCCUGCACAUGCUGCCACCCCUACUGACACAGCUGCUUCUUCGCCUAAAUCCGUGUCCCAAGACGAACCUCAAAAGGGCUUUGCUGGUGGAAAGUUUGAUCCCAAGGCUAUUGCAAAAAAGGCAGCGGCCGCCACGGCGAAGCUCUCAGCGCUGGGAAGUGAUGUUUCUAUACCCGGGAAGUCCAAGACUGCCGCUAUUGCGGCUCCUCUUACUGCCAACAAAGCGGCUGACUUUAGCAAGAAAUCCUCUACCAGUCAUUCCAAAGCCAAUACAGCAACCACUUCGGAAGCCCUCAAAAAAGGCUUCGGUCUAACAGCGUCGCCAGCCGAAGAGAAAUCGACCUCCCAGCCAGCACCUGCUAUAGACAUGGACGACGAACAAGUCGAACGUCGCAAGUUAGAGAAGCUUCCUACACCCGAUCUUGAAGAUGCUGGGGAUGCUGCGCUUGCUAACCCGAAUGACGCUCAUGAUGACGAUGGUGAUGUCGACAUCGCUGAUGCAGGUUCCGACCAAGACAUUGACUCUGCUGCACGCCUUGCCGCAGAGAGACGUGCUGCCCAGGCCGCCGAGGCUUCUGUGGACGACGUCGACGCUAUGGAGGGUGUUCAGACCACCCAGCCUGCUGAUGUAGCCGAAGAAGACGAGAUCGAUCCGCUUGACGCUUUCAUGAAUGGUCUUGCUGAAGAAGCUCCCAAGCCUACUCGCAAGUUCACAAAGACCAAAAUUCGCGAAGUCGAAGAUGUUUUCGGUGACCAAGACGGUGCAGACUUGGACGCAAUGGGAGAAGAUGCUGAUGACAUUCUUGCCCAGGUGGCCCAGAAGAAAAAGAAGAAGGAGAUCCCCAACCUUGACCACUCCAAAAUCGACUACGAGCCGUUCCGCAAAGCCUUCUAUACCGAACCCUUGGAGAUUGCUCAGAUGUCUGAAGAGGAAGUCAGAGACUUGCGCUUCAGACUCGACGAUAUCAAGGUACAAGGCUCAAAGGUACCUCGUCCCGCACUCAAAUUUGCACAAUUUGGUCUCGGUACCCAGGUUCUGGAUGUCAUUCGUGAUCUUGGGUUCGAUGCGCCCACUCCCAUUCAAUCUCAGACUAUCCCUGCCAUCAUGUCCGGACGCGAUGUCAUUGGUGUAGCCAAGACGGGCUCGGGCAAAACUGUCGCAUUCUUGCUGCCCAUGUUCCGACACAUCAAAGACCAACGCCCGCUGGAAAACAUGGAUGGUCCCGUUGGUCUGAUCAUGGCUCCAACUCGUGAGCUUGCAGUUCAAAUUCACCGUGAGUGCAAGCCUUACCUCAAGGUCCUGAAUCUACGCGCUGUGUGUUGUUAUGGUGGUGCACCUAUCAAGGACCAGAUCGCAGAGCUCAAGAAGGGUGCUGAGAUCAUUGUUGCAACUCCUGGCCGCCUGGUUGAUCUUCUCGCUGCCAACUCUGGAAGAGUUACCAAUUUGCGCCGUGUCACCUAUGUCGUGCUUGAUGAAGCUGAUCGCAUGUUUGACAUGGGAUUCGAGCCUCAAGUUGUGAAGGUUCUCACCAACAUUCGUCCUGAUCACCAAACAGUCCUCUUUUCAGCCACCUUCCCACGUACUAUGGAAUCACUCGCUCGCAAAGUCGUCCACAAACCUGUCCAGAUCACUGUUGGUGGUCGCAGCACAGUCGCCGAUACCAUCACUCAAAAGAUUGAAGUGCGCCCUGAGUCUACCAAGAUGUAUCGUACUCUCGAGGCUCUGGGUGAGCUUUUCGAAAACGAUGAAGAUGCUCGUGCUCUGAUCUUCGUUGAGCGUCAAGAAUCGGCAGACGACAUGAUGAUCCAACUACAGCAGAAAGGCUAUCCCGCCGUUUCAAUUCAUGGUGGAAGAGAACAGAUCGAUCGUGAUUCUGCCAUUCAAGACUUCAAGAGUGGUGUCAUCCCCGUCAUGGUUGCAACAUCUGUUGCUGCUCGUGGUCUAGACGUAAAGCAGCUCAAGCUAGUCAUCAACUACGAUUCACCUAACCAUCUGGAGGAUUAUGUUCACCGCUCAGGACGCACUGGUCGUGCUGGUGAAAAGGGCACAGCCAUCACCUUUGUCACCCCCGAGCAGUCCAAGUACUCCGUGGAUCUGGUCAAGGCAUUGAAGAUGAGUAAUCAGCCAGUACCAGAAGACUUGCAGAAAAUGGCUUCAGACUUCCUCGAACGCGUCAAGGCAGGCAAAGAGAAGGGAGCCGCUAUUGGUUUCGGUGGCAGAGGUAUCGAGCGCUUUGAAGAACAGCGUGCAGCCGAACGCCAGCGCGAACGCAAGGCUCACAAGCUCGAAGGCGAAGACGAUGAAGAUGAAGAGGAAGAUAAGAAGGCUCCUGAGGAGAAGAUCAACGUCGUCAAGAACACCGGCUCGCCUGCUCCUACAAACGCGAACGUACCUGGUGUUCCAGCCCACAUUGAUCUCAAUGCUGAUAUCAAGGUUCACAAGACUGAGACCCCUGCACCCACAAGCAACCGUCCUCUAGAUCGUGUUGCUGCAGCUGCUGCAAACAUUAACUCUCGUCUCGGUGCACGUAACGCGACUCGUCCUGGUGUUCCUAUUGAUAACAAAGGACCUGAUGCUGGAGCCUACCACGCGACUCUUGAGAUCAACGACUUCCCUCAAAAGGCACGUUGGGCCGUCACGAACCGCACCAAUGUGGCCAAGAUCCUCGAAUCUACAGGAGUGUCCAUCACUUCGAAGGGUAACUUCUAUCCUGCCGGUAAAGAUCCUGGUCCUACCGACGCCCCCAAGCUUUACAUCCUUGUCGAAGGCGAUACAGAGCUACAAGUCACUCAGGCUAUGCGCGACUUGCAGCGUUUGCUCAAGGAAGGAACGAUUGCAGCUGCUGACAGCGAGGCGCGCGCGCCUACCACUGGUCGAUACACUGUCACUUGA